AUGAUGAUCAGCUCAAUUAUCUUCAUCAUUUUUGCUUCCUUGUGGACUUGCCAUGAUGCUGCAAGUGACACACUCAAACCAGGGGACACUCUCAAUUCCUCAAGUUCCUUAGUAUCUGCAUCGGGAAAGUUCAGUUUGUAUUUCUAUGUAUAUAAUGAUGGUUCCAACAACAACAGCUAUCUAGCUAUCCUGAACAAAGAAGCUCCAAACAAUGUAUGGAUUGGCAACCGAGACACACCUAUUGUAUACCCUUCAUCCGCAGUUCUGACCUUGGACUGGAAUAAUACAUUGAAACUCACUCACCAAGGUGGAGACCCUAUUGUCAUUUCCUCUGCUCCACAAACUAGUAAUAUUAGUACUAGUGUUGUGGCUACCCUUUUGGAUUCUGGCAAUUUUAUACUGCAAGAAGUGAACUCUACGGAUGGAUCGACAAAGCAGGUUUGGUGGCAAAGUUUUGACUAUCCAUUUGACACAUUUUUACCUGGCAUGAAGUUAGGUAUUAAUCAUAAGAGUGGCCAUCUUUGGUCGAUGUCAUCAUGGGCUACUUACAACAACCCAAUGCCAGGGCCAUUCACUCUGGAUUGGGAUCCCAAUGGACAUCAAUUGCAAAUCAGGCGACAAGGGGUGCUUUAUUGGACUAGUGGAGUCUUUACAAGCAGUAGUAAAACGUUCGAAUUUAUUUCGGCUGAGGAGUCCAAGCUGAGGUAUAAUUUUAGUGUAGUUUCAAAUGACAAUGAAGACUACUUCACUUACACUGCUGUAGAUCAUGAUCAAAGUGAUCAGGAACCACAAUGGGUGCUAACCUUUAUGGGGAGAUUUCAUGAUGGAUCCUUUAAUUUCACACAAGCAGAGAACUGUGAUGGCUAUAACACAGGUGGAGGGUGUGUGAGAAGGGAUCGGCCAAGUGAUUGCAUGGCCAAAUUCAAUGAUGAAUUUGAGCUCAAAAAUGGUUACUUCAAGAUCAACAACUCUAGUAAUAGUUCGAGAUCCCCGUCCUGGUUUGGCACUAGUAGUAGUGAUUGUAAGGCUACCUGUUGGCAAAAUUGUGAUUGCCUUGGAUUUGACGUUCCACUUGCUAAUGGGACUAGCACCGGGUGCCGAUUUUGGAGUGUAGACUGUCAAUUCUUUGAAGACCUCACUGCUAGUAACAGUUUUGUCUUGUCAGGACAUGCAACACCAGCAAAAUCACCAUCUGCCAAAAAAAAUGGACAUAAGUGGUUGUGGGUUGGCAUUGCUAUUGCUGCUGCAGUACUUGUAGUGGUGUUCUGCAUCUAUCUGCUAAGAAGAAGAAUAGUUUCAGGCAAGAACAGAGCAAAUAUACAGAACAAAAUGCUUAGCUUCAUGAAACAUUCCAACAGACCUACUGAUGAAGAAAAUAUGGGACAGCAUGAUUUAAACAUAUUUACCUACGAAUCUGUCUUGGCUGCCACUUGCAACUUCUCUCAAGAAAACAAGCUCGGAGAAGGGGGCUUUGGACCUGUUUAUAAGGGAAAAUUAGCAAAUGGACGAGAAAUAGCCGUGAAGAGGCUUUCAAAAUGUUCCGGACAAGGAACGUCAGAGUUUAAGAAUGAAUUGAUACUCAUACAUGAACUUCGACAUAGAAACCUUGUUCAGCUCUUUGGAUUUUGCAUUCAUGAAGAAGAGAGGAUGUUGAUAUAUGAGUACAUGCCAAACAAAAGCUUGGACUACUUUUUAUUUGAUUCAAUCAGAGGUGUGCUACUAGAUUGGAAGAAGCGUUUCAAUAUAAUUGAAGGAAUCACUCAGGGAUUGCUUUACUUGCACAAGUACUCGAGAACGCGAGUAAUUCAUAGAGAUUUAAAAGCUAGUAACAUACUACUUGAUGAAAAUAUGAACCCUAAAAUUUCCGAUUUCGGUAUGGCAAGAAUUUUCUCCCACGAUGAAUUGGAAGAAAACACCAGCAGGAUUGUUGGGACACGUGGUUACAUGCCUCCUGAGUCCGUGGGGGGAAUUGUUUCUGUAAAAUCUGAUGUCUACGGCUUUGGGGUGUUGAUGCUUGAAAUCAUAAGUGGGAGGAAAAACAACAGCUUCUACAAUGAUGACCGCGCACUCAAUUUAGUAGGAUAUGCAUGGGAGUUAUGGAAACAAGGUUCAGGGCUAGAAUUAAUGGAUCAAAUGGUAGGUGAUUCAUCACACAUUGAAGAUCAAUUGUUAAGAUGCAUCCAUGUUGGUCUGUUAUGUGUAGAGGAAGAUGCAGCCAAUAGGCCUACCAUGUCAGAUGUGAUUUCUAUGUUGACAAAUGAAAACCCACCAUUAGCCUUACCUACAAAGCCAGCAUUUUUUGUUGGGAGGAAAUUGGUGGAAGCUGGUAUAGGUGAAAAGCAAAAUGAAAUUACAUCAGUGAAUGACUUGUCCAUUUCCAAUUUUGAUGCACAUAGAGAACGACUAAACGACACUAAGUUUAAUGGAGAGCAAUUUGUCUCAUAUGUUGAGGCCUCGUUUGGUGGCUCAGCUUGGACUGCCUUGCAUUGGAAUAAUAAUAUUGCUAACAUUGGGCAGGCCUUGCAUCUAGAGGAAGAAAUUAAAGUGAAAGUAGGGCCUGACUUGUCGACAUCCAUGGCUACUGGUUUGAUGAUGAUGAGCUCAAUUUUCUUCAUCAUUUUUGUUUCCUUGUGGACUUGUCAUGAUGCUGCAAGUGACACACUCAAGCCAGGGGACACUCUCAAUUCCUCAAGCUCCUUAGUCUCUGCAUCAGGCAAGUUCAUCCUGCGUUUCGUUGUACAAACUAGUUUGAACACAAGCUAUCUAGCUAUCCUGCGCAAUAAACCAGGAGCAAACAAAGCAUGGAUUGGCAACAGAAACACACCUAUUCCAUACCCUUCCUCCCCACUUCUCACCUUGGACUUGAACAACACAUUGAAAAUUACAUACCCAGGUGGAGACCCUAUUGUCAUUUCCUCUGCUCCACAAACUAGUGUUGUUGUGGCUACCCUUUUGGAUUCUGGCAACUUUGUACUACAAGAAGUGAACUCUGUCAACGAAUCAACCAGCGGGGUUUUGUGGCAGAGUUUUGAUUAUCCAACAGACACAUUUUUACCAGGCAUGAAAUUGGGGGUUGACCACAGAAACGGGCACAAUUGGUCACUUUUGUCUUGGGCAACAAGCUACAACCCAGCGCCGGGGACUUUGAGCCUUGAUUGGGACCCCAGUGGACACCAAUUGAGAAUCAAGCAAGCUGGGGUGGUUUAUUGGACCAGCGGCAUCUUCGGAGAUGGAAGAUUUGAAUUUAUUUUUCCUGAUGUGUCAAAGCAGAGGUACAAUUUUAGCAUUGUUUCAAAUGAAAAUGAAGACUACCUCACCUACACUGCUGUAGGUGAUCCAAGUGAUCCUGAGCCAGAAUGGGUGCUAUACAGCAGUGGGAAACUUUUUGAGUAUGGAACACAAGUUGAUAUUACGAAAGCACAGAACUGUGAUGGCUACAACACAGGUGGAGGGUGCGUGAGAAGGGACCGGCCAAGCGGUUGUACAGCGAAAUUCGGUGAUGAAUUUGAGCAAAAAAAUGGUUACUUCAAGAUCAACAACGCUAGUAAUACUUCAAGAUCCCCCAACUGGUUUAAUGCUAGUAGUAGUGACUGUAAGGUUACUUGUUGGCAAAAUUGUGACUGUCUUGGAUUUGACCUUCCACUUGCUAAUCAGAGUCAGACUAGUACCGGGUGCCAAUUUUGGAGUGUAGACUAUCAGUUCUUUGAAGACCUCAAUUCAAGUAGCAGCUUUGUUUUGUCAGGACUAGCAACGCCAGCGAAACCACCACCGCCUGCCCAACAAAAUGAUGAUGCAGGACAUAAAUGGCUAUGGAUUGGCAUUGCUAUUGCGGCUGCUGUCCUUGUAAUGGUGUUCUGCAUCUUGGGUUACCUGCUAAGAAGAAGAAUAUGCUCAGGCAAGAACAGAGCAAUGAUACAGAACAAAUUGCCUAGCUUCAUGAAGUCCAAUAGAUCUGCUUAUGAUCCUGUUAAUGAGCUUCAAAACGAUCAUGGAAACAUGGGAAAACAUGAUUUAAGCGUGUUUACCUAUGAAUCUGUUUUGGCUGCCACUUCCAACUUCUCUCAAGAAAACAAGCUCGGAGAAGGCGGAUUUGGCCCUGUUUAUAAGGGAAAAUUGGUGAAGGGGCAAGAAAUAGCGGUGAAGAGACUUUCAAAAUGUUCCGGACAAGGAACAUCAGAGUUUAAGAACGAAUUGAUACUCAUACAUGAACUUCAACAUACAAACCUAGUUCAGCUCUUUGGAUUUUGCAUUCAUGAAGAAGAGAGGAUGUUGAUAUAUGAGUACUUGCCAAACAAAAGCUUGGACUACUUUUUAUAUGAUCCAAACAGACGUCUACUUCUAGAUUGGAAGAAGCGUUUUGGUAUACUUGAAGGAAUCGCUCAAGGGUUGCUGUACCUGCACAAAUACUCAAGAAAGAAAGUAAUUCACAGAGAUUUAAAAGCAAGUAACAUACUACUUGAUGAAAAUUUGAACCCCAAAAUCUCCGAUUUCGGUAUGGCAAGGAUUUUCACCAAUAAUGAAUUGGAAGCAAACACCAGUAAAAUUGUCGGAACACGUGGUUACAUGCCUCCUGAGUCCAUGGAAGGAAUUGUUUCCGUAAAAUCUGAUGUCUACAGUUUCGGGGUGUUGAUGCUUGAAAUCAUAAGUGGGAGGAGAAACAACAGCUUCUACAACGAUGAUCGCGCGCUCAGUUUAGUAGGAUACGCAUGGGAGUUAUGGAAAGAAGGUGCAGGACUAGAAUUAAUGGAUCCAACGGUAGGUGAUUCAUGUAUUAACGAUCAAGUGUUAAGAUGCAUCCAUGUUGUUCUGUUAUGUGUAGAGGAAGAUGCAGCAGAUCGCCCCACCAUGUCAGCUGUAGUAUCUAUGUUGAUAAAUGAAAGCACACCAUUAGCCUUACCUACAAAGCCAGCAUUUUUUGUUGGAAGGAAAUUGGUGGAGGCUGGUGUAGGUGGAAAGCAACUUGAAAUUGCAUCAGUGAAUGACUUGUCGAAUUCCGAUUUUGAUGCACGUUGAAAAAAGUUUGAUCUUCAUAUGGUGCUCGC